GGAAAGAGAGCACAAUUCACUCGGUGAAUCGCUUGCGCGCUUGGGGCUGAUAAUUAGGGAUCUCAGGAGAGCAGUUCCUCAGAAUAACCUGCUCUCCUUCGAAUGGACUAAGUGGAGACAGUGGUUCAGUCCUGCUGAUAUUUUUUAAGCCCUCCUCGCGGUUUGACGGGCAUUCCCUGUGCUUUUGUGCGCGCCUCGGAAAGCGUUGACGUGGAAAGGAGCAGCGAGGAGGGGGAGGUUGGAGGAGAAAAAGAAAGAAAAAAACCAACCUGCAGCUCUUCUAAAAAUACGGAGGGCAUGCAAGAGUGCGAGCAGGCUGGGGAGGAGGGCGAGGUGAGGGCGCCUCGCACCAUGUUCCCCGGGUGCCGGCGUGGCGCAGUUUCGGAGAUGUCCCUCCUGUGACUGGACGCACCAUGAGCAUCUGGGAGGUGAUCCUGGCUUUCGUGGUGGUGGUGCUGAUGCUCGUGGCCCUCCUGGCCAAUGUGCUGGUGCUGCUGUGCUUCCUGUACAGCGCCGACAUCCGCAAGCAGGUCCCGGGAUUGUUCAUCCUCAACCUCACCUUCUGCAACCUGUUGAUGACUGUUUCGAACAUGCCCCUGACCUUGGCUGGGAUCAUUUACGAGAGUCAACCAGGAGGAGAUCAGAUCUGCCACAUUGUGGGCUUCCUGGAGACUUUUCUCACCACGAACUCCAUGUUGAGCAUGGCAGCUUUGAGCAUUGACAGGUGGAUUGCUGUGGUCUUCCCUCUAAGUUAUCACUCCAAAAUGAGGUACAGAGAUGCUGCGCUCAUGCUGAGCUACACGUGGUUACACUCGGUGUCCUUCCCGAUAGUGGCAGCUUCUCUCUCCUGGGUGGGUUUCCAUCACCUCUAUGCCUCCUGCACCCUGUACAACAAGAGACCGGAGGAUAGGACACAGUUUGUGAUUUUCACUGGGGUCUUUCACGCCCUCAGCUUCCUCCUCUCCCUUAUAGUCCUGUGUUUCACAUACCUAAAAGUGCUGAAGGUGGCACGGUUUCACUGUAAGCGGAUUGACGUGAUCACUAUGCAGACCCUGGUGCUGCUUGUGGACAUCCAUCCCAGCGUAAGAGAGCGUUGUCUAGAAGAACAAAAGAGACGGAGGCAGCGAGCAACAAAGAAAAUAAGUACCUUUAUUGGUACUUUUAUACUUUGUUUUGCACCUUAUGUAAUUACAAGACUUGUUGAAUUAUCCUCUGUGGUCCACAUCAAUUCCCACUGGGGAGUCAUUUCCAAGUGCUUAGCUUACAGCAAAGCUGUUUCAGACCCUUUUGUGUAUUCUUUGCUACGGCAUCAGUACAGGAAGACAUGGAAAGACAUCAUAAACAAGAUCCUCAAAAGAAGCUCCAUCAAUUCCUCUGCCCUCACGAGCGAAUCGCACAAUCGGAAUAUAUUGCAGCUGAACGAAUGAGGAGCUUGGUAUGGGACCUACAAGACACGUAAAACAAUAUAUGGGAAACAAAACUAACUGGCACAUCCCUAGUAGCUUUUCUCAGCUGUGAAGGUUUUGGGAGGCAGUCACGGACAGGUUGCAGCCCAGCUCGUGUCCCUCCAGUAGCCCACGUAACACCGAAGGGAGACAGGCUGCUCUGCACCUCCCGCCUCCACCUAAGAGUGUUAUUGCUAUGCGGUCCUGCAGGCUUCAAAAAUACAAAUCUCCCAUUGAUUUCCAUCAGCAAUUAGACAUGCAUAUAGGGUAAAAAGCUAGUCCUCAGCAGAAGGGCUCGUGAAAGUAAUGUGAGCAAACCGGUGCCAUCAUAAGAUUAUUCUAAAAAGCUGCACAGGAAUAUUUGUGCUGGAUUUUUCACUGGCUACAGGUAAGGCUCCCUUUGAUGGGGUCGCCAACCUGGCUUUACAAAAACAACCCCAACUUAGAUGCUUGAGUAGGUCAUGUAUAGAACAACUCUUAAUAGGAAAAGCUUAAUAAAAAAAUCUUUACCCAGAUACUCGUACAGUGUCCAACAUAGAUUUCAACCACUUCUGAUACAUAUUUACGUAUUUUUCGAACAAUCCUGUAGAACUGAAUGAAGAGAAAAAUCACUUUUGAAGUAUGCUACAGGUUGGAUUCAGCCAUAUCUUCUCUAAGUAGCUUCCACAGAAUCCCAUUAAUUUUCUCCCCGUUAAAUUUCAGAAAAGUAAAAAUGGUAGACAGGAUGGAAAGGUCAGGAUGCCUCCUGCCUACUUUCCGGUAUAUCUGAGCUACAAAGAGAGGGAUUUUGCCCAAAGCUGCAGAACUGGGCCCUGUGCCAAGGCAGGAAAAAAAAUAAUAAUAUUUUUCUGAAGUGUUAUUAAUCGUGCUUUUUUUCAUACAGAUAUGUUAUUUCAAGGAAAAAUGAGCCCAAAGCUGAGUUUAAAAGCACCGUUUCCAAAGCAAGUGGGGCGGAAAUAGUAGAUCCCCUCCCCACUAUGAAAGUGCAGCCAAUAAUCUAAAUCCACAUCUGAACAUGCAAAUCUCAGGAGGUUUCAAUAUAGAUCUUUCUAGCACUAGAUUGUAGCUCUGCAAAAGCUGCAAAAUCUGUAACUCUGCAAAGUUAUUAACAUUUACCCCGCAUUCAGUUCAUCCUGCAGCUAACAUAGGUCUAAAUGCCAGUAAAAUUUUCAAAACCAGGACAAUCCUACAUGUCACGUUAAUUCAGACCCUGCCACAGUAUCUUGCUUUUUGUAAAUGUUAUUUAGUUCCUUGUAAGUACAGCUACAGCUGUUAGAUGGCUUCAUAAUGGUCAUGUAGACACGUGAUGCUGAAGCCAUCCUCCAGUGACUCAUGAAGAAUUACUUUCCUUGGUAGUUUUCAGUGACUUCUCUCUCAAUUCAGUGAAAACGCUAUGAAAUGAGACAGUUCUUCAGGAGUUUUCUUAUUAAUUAAGGCAUAGAAUAUGAAGAGCAAUAACUGCUCAGUUGUCAUUUCUGUUGUUACGAUUUUUAGGAAGAAUCAAUUUCUAAACCAUCUUGCAUUAAAAAAGCGUUGUCAUCCUCAUAAAUUCUUAAAAUUAUUUUCAAACUCUUGGUUUCAAAGGCUUCACACUUAUACUUUGAUUGGCAAAAGACGUACUACCGAUUCUGACCUUAAUUCUGCACGCGUUAUUCUCCAAUAAGUGACUUAAAGUCCAUAAGGCAGCUGCAAGUUAACAUCAGAAAUGAAAUUAAUUUUUGCUGGGUAGAUCAAGAAAGUCCAGUGGCCAUAAAGUACACACUUUCCUUCGUGAGGUUAAAUGGCAAAUACAUGCCUAGAUGUUGAAUAAUCUUGGUUAAUUAGGCUUCAUGCCUAAUAAAAGCUGACAUAACGGGCUAUCCUCGCUCAUAUUCUGACUGUCAAUACCACAGUUAGAAAAUAUGGUCAGAACCACGUUGAGAAAGUAAGGCCCCGAGUAUUAAAAAUGUGGGAUUACUUUUAGGUUGCCAUCUCCUGUGUCCACCAAGCGAAGCCAGCUUUUGGUGCCUAUAGCUCUGCCGAAUCCCUGAUAGCAAAGGUUGAUGAGAUAAAUUAUUAUGUUCCCCAUCACUUUUGCUAAAUGAUCAAUAUGUCAUUUUGCAAGCACUAGCAUGCUCCGUUUUGCAAGCUCUUUGAGAGAACAGGCGUUAUAGCAACGACAAUUUCCUUCAUCCCUUGCAAAAAGCCUCCUCUGCUGAAGUUCCUGGCCAGUGGGUCAAAGCCCAGUGAGGUAACUCGGAGAGGGGCUUCACCCCAAAGUCACGGGAUGGGGGGUAACACCUCAGUGGCCAGUGGGGAGAGCCUUCCCUUAGCCCACGCUCUGGCAUGGUACUACAGCUGCGAGGAACCAUCUUAAUCCAUAAAGUCAUGUCCUCACCUGCUUUAUAACUGAAAGAAUUAAUAUAACGAAGAUCAUCAACUACCAUAUAAAUAAAAAUCGUCAGCUGAACUAUUCGUUUUAGUUAUGACACAACAGCACGACUAGAAUAAAACAUACACACAAAUAUAGUCCCACAAUUUAAGCAAGUGUUUACAACACUGCGGUCAAAAUUAGCCCUUAGCCAGAUUAAAUAGCCUACCUCAUUUUAAUCAUUUUACUUUUUAGGCUUAACAUCAUUUUCUCAGGUGCCAUAGGUAAAACCUAGUUCAAUACUUGUUUCUUAAGAAAGUCAGGUCAUUUUGAUGACUCGAUUGUAUCAUAAUACAGAAUAUUAGAAAGUCGAUUAUUGGUGAGCUUUACAAGGUAAAAAGCUCUAUAUCAGAAUGCUAUACGUUUUACUAAGACCCCUCUUAUCUAAGUAAAUUGCAACAGGAUCAUUGUUAAAGUCCACAGCUGUUGUCAACUAACACAUGGGGCUGCUGCCAAAGUCAAUGGGGGGUUUGUAUGUCGAUAAACCUAGCCCCAGAAGGAUUUCAAAUUUUAAAUCAAUUUUUCAGAUAGAGUAAGAUAAUUUCCCAGAAAAAAACCCCCAAACCAUUGUAAAUUUAGGACGGCUAGUAAAAGAUGGAGAAGAAAACAGCAUUGGACUUGUCUCAUUAUCCUUGUGCAUCACAGUCACUCAGUGGCCGAUUUAUGUGUCACCAUGAGCAAUAAAUCUCUCCCCUUGUAUGUGUUUAAAAAUUUGUCUGUCUUUCAUGGUGCCUUUCUUCUAGAAUUAAUCUUAUAACAGAGAAUAAAUAUAAUUUCCCCUUACUUACAUCGGCUUUCUGACACAUUGUCAUAUUUCUACCAUUUGAAGCAAGCGAGAGUUGUAAAUGCCGGUGCUUGACAAACUGGCUCCGUACGCAAAAUAGCAGCAACACCCGAACGUUUCCUGAUGACGUUUUGUAAGAUACUAGAAAUAUGAUACUGUGGCUCAUGAAGUGCGAGAUAUUCAGCUGAAUUCUUAUAGGCAACUGCCAAAAUUUUAAAAAAUGUAUGUCUAAGUGAUGAAUGUAGAUAUGAGUAACUAUUUGUCUGCUGAGUAUUAUAUGUACUAUACGACACUUUCACUUGAGUGAGUUAGAAUAACGAUGGCAAACGUCCUGCACAAUGCUUUAGUAUCUCUGAUCACGAAGCGGAACCGUUCUCUUGUCUAACACAAAUGCGCGUGUGUGCGGGGGCGGGGGCGGGGGGGAAAGGAUUUUCCAUUUGUUAUUUAAAUAUUUUUGAAAAAGUUUGUAAAGUGUGGCUACGAUGUGUGCCCAAAAUACGGAACUGCAUGUGCAAAUAUUGUGCAGCUGCUUCGGCAAUAUGCAGUUUUCUGUUUGUUGGUGUCCGCGAUCCAUAUGCAAUAUCUAUUUCUCACACGCAUGUUCAAUUAACAUUUUCUUCGUGUCUUGUAAAUUUGGCAGGCAGAACAUCGGCAGAUGAUUAAGAGAAUUUAGUCCACUAUGUCAUUUUGCGGAUUCUGAGCUUUUUCCUCUGUUCAUUUUACUGGUAUUUAUAUAAUCUCAGAGCCCUAACUGUGAACUAGGAUCCUGGGCUUUGUUGUGGUUUUGAGCCAGUUUGAAUGGAAAGAUUUGAGAAAUUGCAAAAACUAGCAGAGUUUAUUGAGCAAAUAACAAGUACCAGGUCUUCUCCUGACAUAAAUCUGCAUAAGAGUUGGUUGUUUCACCUGAGAAUCGGGUCCCAUUAGAUAAUUACACCCAGGUUUUAUAGAUCUGUCCUCUAGACGUGUAGGAGCCUGUUUUCAUGGUAUUUACAAAUGGAAAGAUGUAAACAGGAUUUAGGGAGUUCCUCAUGUGCCUGUGUGCCCGCUUGCAACGUCAGGCAACCACAUGGCUCUUCUCUAAAUAAUAAUAAGAAAUACUCUUCGGGUAAAAGACCCCAACAAGCUGUUUUCAGUAGCCCUCAAUCAGACUUUUUAUAACCUCUCUUAUUUCUGAAAAAAAUCAAAUUUAGCUAUUGAGAAAGUUCCAGACAAAUCCUUAUGAAGCCUGACGACUGCUGCAGCAGUAGCCACGCAUAUCACAGCGUCACACACCAGCCGAGGGUGGAGGGGACCACUGGAGGUUGUCUUGCCCAGCCCCCAAGAGGCACAUCACUGCCUCUCGCUGUAGUUUACCGCCUCGAUUUUGUUCAUGCAUCUGUUUGCUCUACUUCAGGUCAACAAUACAAUCUUCCCGGAAAGAAUUUUUUUUUUUUUUUUUUUUUUAUAAUUUUGGGAGGACAUCUUAGACUUAACUUGCAAACCAGCUGCAUCAGAACAACUUUAGAGGUUAUGAAAGUGGGGCAGAAAUAGAUCUGAAUGGAAGGCCAAGGGUCAGGAAGGCUGGGAACUGUAAACUGGCUUUGCUGCCGUUGCAAUGACGUGUUACGCUGGCUGCAAUGGGCUUUUCCUAGAGACCUAUUUCCACGCUGAGAUCUCUCCAGGUCUCUCAGACAUCCUCUUACCUCAAAGAGAAAGGUAAACUUUCUGUCAAAGCCCAGUAGCCACCCCAGAGUGGUCUGAGGCUACAAGAACAGCACAGCCUCCAUAGGAGGACCCUUAUUGGGUUGGGAAGACUCUAAUAGUUUUCAGAUGGGCUAUAUGGAAACUACUGACAUUGUUUGAAUGAGGAUAAACCACCUACACCUGGAUGAGCCUAACCGUAGGAGACUGUCUAAUUCGUAAAGCCCUGGAGGUCUAGGUAACUUGCAGAAAGUAAUUUUUUUCUUGACUUUACAUGCCUAAGGUUUCAUAGUUCCCUUACCCCUCUUAAUCCUAAAUGAAGAAGGCUCUGAGGGCUCUGAAAUAUCAUAGAAUGGUUUGGGUUGGAAGGGACCUUAAAGAUCAUCUCGUUCCACGCCCCUGCCCUGGGCAGGGACACCUCCCACCAGACCAGGCUGCUCCAAGCCCCGUCCAGCCUGGCCUUGAACCCCUCCAGGGAUGGGGCUGCCACAGCUUCUCUGGGCAACCUGGGCCAGGGGCUCACCACCCUCAGAGUGAAAAAUUUCUUCCUGAGAUCUAAUCUAAAUCUCCCCCCUUCCAGUUUAAAACUGUUACCCCUUGUCCUAUCAUUACACUUCCUGAUCCAGAGUCCCUCCCCAUGCUUCCUGUAGGCCCCCUUUAGGGACUGGAAGGGGCUCUAAGGUCUCCCUGGAGCUUUCUGUUCUCCAGGCUGAACAACCCAAACAUGUGCAGUGAAUAUCUUUGAAACAACCCUUUGGAAAUUAUUUGCUUUUUACUAGUUAGAGCUGUCUUCUCCCCACGUUCAAUGUUCUUUUGAUUAAAUGACGCCUAAAAGAAAAGCCAGGGACUUCACACCUAUUUCAGCUCAUAGUUACUUGACCCUAAUAAUCACUAAAUAUUCCAGCACAUCACAUUCAGCACAGAAAGCUCAGUUAGAUCCUGAUGCCACGGCCGCUUCGUGUUUGCUUCAGCGGGUAGUCCUGGAUACUUAGGGCUAAGCAUAGGCUUACGUGUUUGCUUCUGUGUUUGCAGAACCAGGGAUGCUAUCUUUGUCACCCGAGCCUGAAUAAGUGAAAACAAUAACAUUUUAGCCUUAAAGCUUUUUUUUUUUUUUUAAAUUUGCUUUUUAUGCUUUCAGCAUUCAGUACGUAUGUCAAAAACCUUUUGAUGGGUGAAGUUUCUUUAGGAAAACCAUCCUGCUCAAAAAAGGCAGCUGUCCCUGUCGGGGGGUAUAAAAGUUUACACGGAGAAAAGAGCUGCUGCAGUCUUUGUAAAAUGUCUGUUCCUUACCUGUAGUCCUGGUGUGUAUCAUGUAAAUAUGUAUUUAGGAUUGUUGGUUUUUAAGUAAAUAAUGCUGAACUAGAGAGGUUGCUAUAGUUUACCAUAAAUGUCUAUAUUUAUAAGAAAGAUGAUGAGCCCUACAGACUGUAAGUGCACUUCGGAAACGCGCGUAUCGAGAAGCCAAUGCAUCAGGUGUAUGACAGCAUGCACGCGGGGUAAAUGCAGAGUAAAAUAUGAGGUUUUGGUUGAAGAAAUACUAUUGCACAUGGUUUCAAUGUACCCAAAGGCACGAGUCCACACGGUUAUUAAUAAUCUACAAAGAUGUAUUAGGAAAAAGAUCUCCAGUUGGAGUUAUGACUGAAUACUAGAAAAUCGUUUUCUAGUCACUGUAGUUAUACAAUCAGAGCUUCAAAGCGAAUCUUUUUUAAAAAUCACACAAAUAGCAAAAAAUUGAAAGCCACCAUCCUCCUGGGAUUCGAUCCAGAAAGAGUUCCCGAGGAAAAAGAAGAGCAGUGCUUUCGAAUGAGAUGCCUGUUCAUCCUGGUGAGAUACUGGUGGGCAUGCAACGUGGCCCAGGGUGCAAAGUUGGCCACAGCCUUCCUGUUGUUGACCACCAUGGGUAGUCCUGUUUUGUUACAUUACACUAGCUUGAGAUCUCGGACAAAACAAAACAAAAAAACCCUGUUAUGUAUCAAAGCGGUCUACAUUCUGAUAACGAAACGCUUGCACAAAGACGGCCAAUUUCUACUCCUCCUGCUUUGCUAAUGUGAUCAAUGAGCAACAGAGAAAAAAAAUGAAAGAAAUCUCAUGAGUUGAAUGACUUCCGUUAGGAAAAAAAUAUCAGUAAAAUACUCGGUGCCCGUUGGUCACACCGUAAACAUGUGACAAGGCUGGGGACAAGCUCUCCAUGCUCUGCCAUCCAGCCCGAUCUCACUCAAGUAAAAAUAAGCCACCUGCAUCAGCCAGGGUAAGGAAACCAUAGGGCUUCCCAGAUAAGACAUUUGAAAAAUCAUUAUCACGGAUUGCCUUGGAAAAUAGAUAACUAAAAGGUGCCUUGAUUUACCUUCAUUUAUACACAGGGCAUUUUUCUAAACCUCAGAUUUUUUUCACAGUGUUUUUAUUUUCUGAAGAUCAUUUUAGGAUAAAAAAAUCCCAUCUAUUUGGCAAGCACUAAUCAUUCCCUUCUGAAUUCUUGCAGGAAUGUAAUGUAUUGCCAAUCUCUCCACACACAGUUAGAUACAAACAUUUUCCCCUAGGUUAGAUUAUUAGAUGAUUAUUUGUUUUUAAAAAAUUGUUAGGGACUGGUUUUGCGAAUCCUUGCUGUAAGGACAGUGGGGUUGCCUGGAUGAGUAAGGACCAUUCAUAUAAUGAGAGGUAUAAAAGGUCUGGCCUGUGUAUUUAAACUUUUUUGUUUUGUUUUGCAAAUAAUGGAAAUAGAUGGUUUCCUAUUUCUAAAAGCACCUAGCCAGUUUGAAGAAAGAUAGUUCCGAAAGGACGUUAAUAAUAGCUGCUGUAGAUAGGGCAUGUUUUGAUUAUGUUGUUAUAAAUAUACCACUAUAAUUUAUUGCAUUUUACUUUUUGUGUAUAACAAUGGGAUGUAAUUGCAGGGGCUAUUUAUUUAGGAAAAAAAAUGGCAAUAUAAAUCUUUCUAAAUUGCACGGACAGGGAGAUGCACAAACCAAUUUGCAAUGACAACGUGCCCAAGAGUGCCAUGGGUUAACAUGGACUUUAGGGUCCCGGGUAAGCUGAACUGCAACAACUCCCAACAGGUAUUUCAGAGAUACAGACUAAUUCAUGUGAAGGCAGAUACAUAAAAUUCUGCUAUAUUAGUACCUCUAGUUUAAAGGAAUACAAUAAAAUCCAGUUUAAACCUGACUCCUUCAAAUUUUUGAAUAAUGGGGCCUGUGCUGUCUAUUCUGUUUACAAUGGCUUGUGCUUUGUGAAUACAUAUCAAAUGUUGUCAUAUAUUUUUAUUACAUAGAGUUAAUG